GUCACCGCCAGACUGGGUCGCUGAGAGACCGGCGGGAACUUUUCAAAAUGGGAGCACCGAGGCGCCGCCCAGGCCUCAGGAGAUACCGGGGGUACUUUUCGGUGGCGUUGGCGACGUCGUCAGCGGCGGCGGCAUAGAGAAGGCAGCCUGAUGGGCGCCAAGACCCGCUGGCUGCUCGGAGCGCUGCCUCGGAGGGACUGCGAGACGGCCGAGUCCGGGGCGCCGGAGGCCCGGGAACAUGGCGGCGUGCAUCGGGGAGAGGAUCGAGGACUUUAAGGUUGGAAAUCUACUUGGUAAAGGAUCAUUUGCUGGUGUCUACAGAGCUGAGUCCAUUCAUACCGGUUUGGAAGUUGCAAUCAAAAUGAUAGAUAAGAAAGCCAUGUAUAAAGCUGGAAUGGUUCAGAGAGUCCAAAAUGAGGUGAAAAUACAUUGCCAGUUGAAACACCCUUCUAUUUUGGAGCUUUAUAAUUACUUUGAAGAUAACAAUUAUGUAUACCUGGUAUUAGAAAUGUGUCAUAAUGGAGAAAUGAACAGGUAUCUAAAGAACCGAAUGAAACCUUUCUCAGAAAGUGAAGCUAGGCAAUUCAUGCAUCAGAUCAUCACAGGAAUGUUGUAUCUUCAUUCUCAUGGCAUAUUACACCGGGACCUCACACUCUCUAACAUCUUACUUACACGUAAUAUGAACAUAAAAAUUGCUGACUUUGGACUAGCAACACAAUUGAAAAUGCCACAUGAAAAGCACUACACACUCUGUGGAACUCCUAAUUAUAUUUCACCAGAAAUUGCAACUCGAAGUGCACAUGGACUUGAAUCUGAUAUUUGGUCGUUGGGCUGUAUGUUUUAUACAUUACUUAUUGGAAGACCACCUUUUGACACUGAUACAGUCAAGAAUACAUUGAAUAAAGUAGUAUUGGCAGAUUAUGAAAUGCCAACCUUUUUGUCACGAGAGGCCCAGGACCUUAUCCACCAGUUACUUCGUAGAAAUCCUGCAGAUCGGUUAAGUCUGUCUUCUGUGUUGGACCAUCCUUUUAUGUCACGAAAUCCUUCAACAAAAAGUAAAGACUUGACUGUAGAGGAUUCAAUGGAUAGUGGGCAUGCCACAAUUUCCACAACAAUCACAGCUUCUUCCAGUACCAGUUUGAGUGGUAGUUUACUUGACAGAAGAAGACUUUUGAUUGGUCAGUCACUUCCAAGUAAAAUUACGGUAUUUCCAAAAAAUAAGAAUUUAAGUGACUUUUCUUCAGGAGAUGGAAGCAAUUUUUGUACACAUUGGGGAAACCCAGACCAAGAAACUAAUAAUAGGGGACGGGGAAGAGUAAUUGAAGAUGCAGAAGAAAGGCCGCAUUCUCGAUACCUUCGAAGAGCUCAUUCCUCGGAUAGGUCCAGCACUUCUAAUCAGUUUCGAGCAAAAACACAGUCAAUAGAACGAUGUCAUUCAGUAGAAAUGCUUUCAAAGCCCAGAAGAUCCCUGGAUGAAAAUGAAGAGAGUUCCAAUCAUCAUUGUCUAGGAAAAACUCCUUUUCCAUUUGUAGACCAGACACCUCAGAUGGAAAUGGUACAACAAUGGUUUGGGAAUCUGCAAAUGAAUGCUCGUUUGGGAGAAACGAAUGAGCACAACACCACUAGCCCAAGCAGAGAUUUCCAGGGCUAUCCAGAUUCACGGGACAUGUUAAGAAAUGCUUGGACUGAUAGAAGAGCCAGCAAGAACACUGAUACUUCUGCUAAUCUUCAUCAUGUAAACCAGCUGAGUACGACAAAGUACAUGACUGCACAUCACAGUAAACCUGAGAUCAUGCAACAGAAGAUGGCCUUACAUCCUCGUUCUGAACAAAGCAAGAAUAGGAGUAUGGAGUCAACACUGGGUCACCAGAGCCCUUCCUUACGAAGCAUUACAUCUCCUUUGAUUGCUCACAGAUUAAAACCAAUCAGACAAAAAACUAAAAAGGCUGUGGUGAGCAUCCUAGAUUCAGAGGAAGUAUGUGUGGAGCUUCUAAAAGAAUGUACAUCUGAAGGACAUGUGAAAGAAGUUCUUCAGAUAUCCAGUGACGGGACUAUGAUCACUGUUUAUUACCCAAAUGAUGAAAGAGGCUUUCCUCUUUCUGAUAGACCACCCUUGCCUACUGACAAGAUCAGUAGAUACAGCUUUGACAAUUUACCAGAGAAAUACUGGCGGAAAUAUCAGUAUGCUUCCAGAUUUAUUCAGCUCGUAAGGUCUAAAACUCCCAAAAUCACUUAUUUUACAAGAUAUGCUAAAUGUGUUUUGAUGGAGAAUUCUCCUGGUGCUGAUUUUGAGGUUUGGUUUUAUGAUGGAGCCAAAAUACACAAAACAGAAGAUUUAAUUCACGUGAUUGAAAAAACUGGUAAAUCAUAUACUUUAAAAAAUGAAAGUGAAAUUGUAAGCUUGAAAGAGGAAAUGAAAAUAUAUAUGGACCAUGCUAAUGAGGGUCACCGUGUCUGCUUGGCACUCGAAUCUGUAAUCUCAGAAGAGGAAAAGAGAAACAGGAGCUGUUCAUUCUUCCCAAUAAUUAUAGGAAGAAAACCUGGUAAUACUAGUUCACCUAAAGCUUUAUCGCCACCGCCUGUGGACCCAAGCUACUCAAAGGGAGAGCAAGCAUCACUGAGCAGAUCGAGCAUGAAUAAUGCGGCAUUUCCAACACAGGCACCAGUACACAACCCUUCUACUGCUAUAGCUGAAGGACUUGGUCACACAGCCACUGCCACAGGAUCAAGUUUCUCGUCUUCAAGUCUUCCUAAAUCAGCGCAGCUUUUGAAAUCUGUUUUUGUGAAAAAUGUUGGUUGGGCUACACAGCUAACUAGUGGAGCUGUGUGGGUUCAGUUUAAUGAUGGGUCACAGCUGGUUGUCCAAGCAGGAGUAUCUUCUAUCAGUUACACAUCACCAGAUGGUCAGACAACUAGGUAUGGAGAAAAUGAAAAAUUACCAGAAUACAUCAAACAGAAAUUACAGUGUCUCUCUUCCAUCCUUGUCAUGUUUUCUAAUCCAACUCCUAGUUUUCGUUAAUUAACGUCCUUUCAGAUGUCUUUAUUUAAUAAAUGACUUUUUGGUUGGCUUUCAAGUAAAGUGAGAUUUGUUUUUAAUUUACUAUAACUUCAGAAAGCCUUUCUAUUAAACAGAAUUUUAAUCUUUAUCAUAAAAAAUAUAUAUGCUAAGAAAACAAAAUAGAAUAAAAUUUCCAUUACCAAAUAUAGUGGUUAUAAAAUAAACUAAGACAUCUGAUUUUGCUCGAAGUACUUAAUUGCUUAAACUUUCUGUGUUCAUGUUUGUACUGAGCUAUAUUGUGUGCGGUGUGUUUGCUUUUUUUUGUUCUGUACUAGUAAGAUAUUGAGAAUCAUGGACAAAACAUGCUAUAAUUUUGAAGUUUUGAAUAUGUAAAUAAUGUACUUAUAAGCAAUAUGUAAACAUGUAUAUUUUAUAUUUAUUUUUGUAGCACUUGUGUCUGAUAAAAUAUUUCUGCAAAUACAUUUUAUAAAAUAAA